CCAGGUACAUCUUCACCGUGUUGGAGGGGCAGCCAUGUAGUUGGUACCUAGAAGCACAUGUGGUGGGGCUGCUCAAAUGUGGCUGAAUUUUGGAAAGAGGUGUUUGCCAAUUUCUCUUGGAUAACGAAACAAACUAUUACUCCCAUCUUUCCACCUGGCGCUUUGGAGCCUGCAUGUGGAAACAGAACGGGAUUCGAAAAGGACUUACUUUGCAUCUUAACAGCAGGCUGGGCAGAUCUUUAAUCUUAAUAGUUUGAAUUGCUGGUAUUCAGGAGUUUGGCAAACGGCCCUUCUUGAGUAUCUAAAAGGCAGAGUUUGGAUCACCGUUUGUGAAAUGUAUGGCAUUGUCUUACUUCUUACAGAGGUAUUGCAGCAUGUGGAAGCUCAGUGCCAUCAGAACAUGCAUAUGCCUGGCUCAUUUAGGACUAUGUAGAACCUUCAUACCGAAUAAUGAUGGAAGUCGCAGGCAGAGAAUAAUUUUAUUUUCAUGAAUCUUUAUUAUUUGCGAAGGGAAUCUUUGUACGAGUCAAUACUUUUACUACCCCCCUUUGAAGCUGUGCUGGGUCUUUGUACUUUGUCCUUUUGGGGUGUGACGCUUUAUGGGUUUAAAUCUUUGUUUUCUUUUGGUUACAUUUUCACUUUUUGUGUGUGUUGAGAAGCCAAUAGUAUAUAUAAGGAAGUGCUAAAGAGGGAAGCAGAGAAACUGCGCUCCACUGGGGAAACCCCUGCCCCAUGGCGUAGGGGGGGAGGCCUGCUGAGAGUGACCCAACUGCCUCUUCUUCCCUGCAGGGCUCCCCCCCCCCCCACAGCAUCUCCAUGGCCUCCCGCAUCCUGCACCGCCUGCGGCAUGCGCUGACCGGAGAGGGCGAGCGGGACGGGCUGGCAGGCUGCAGCUCAGAAGCGGAAGAGUUCCCAGAAAGCUCUGAGCUGGAGGAUGACACCGAGGGCCUCUCCACACGGCUCAGCGGGACACUGAGCUUCACCAGCAACGAUGAGGAGGAGGAAGAGGACGACGAGGACAUUGGCGUGGCUGGGCAAGGGCAACCCCCAGAGCCAGACCUGCUGGGCGAAGACACGGAGGACGCCGAGCACAGCCCCCCGACAGAGCGCAGGGGCAGCAACCUGCUCACCCGGCAGCUGCAGGAGCUCUGGAGGAAAUCGCGGGGCAGCUUCGUGCCCCAGCGCCUCCUGUUCGAGGUCACCAGCGCCAACGUGGUCAGCGAGCGGAACUCCAAGUACGUGCUCUACACCAUCUACUUGAUCCGCGCGGGGCAGUUCGACAAAGCGCCCGCCUGCAUCUCCCGCCGCUACUCUGACUUCGAGCGGCUGAACCGGCACCUGCGCCGGCGCUUCUGCGGCGACAUGGCGGGCGUCUCCUUCCCCCGGAAGCGGUUGCGGCGCAACUUCGCGGCCGAGACCAUCGCCAAGCGCAGCCGCGCUUUCGAGCAGUUCCUGUCCCACCUGCACUCGCUGCCGGAGAUCCGGCGCUCGGCCGACUACCUGGAGUUCUUCUUCCUGCGCGACCUGCAGGCGGCGCAGAGCCUGACGUGCUCCGGGAGGUACCCGGAGGCCCUGGCCACCUGGGCCAACGCCCACCAGCUGCAGGAGCGGCUGGGCGCCUGCCGCUCGGGCCACUUCCUGCUGACGCUGGCCGGCCUGGCCGUCUGCCACCAGGAGCUGGGCCAGGCCGGGGAGGCGCACGCGGCCUGCGAACGGGCCCUGUGUCUCCUGGAGGCGCAGGACAGCCACCCGCUGCUGGCCCCCUUCCUGCAGGCCCACAUCCGCCUCUCCUGGGUGCUGGGCAGGGACAAGCGCCAGGCAGAGGCCCGGCUGCAGCGACUGCAGGAGGCCGGCGGGGCAGAGAUGCACCCGCCCACCCUGAAGGAACUGCUCAUCAAACAGCCCCUGCCCUGAGGAGGCCGGCUGGCUUCACUUUGGAUCGUGGGAGGGGAGCAGCCCAGGCAGAAACUGGACCGUUGUUUUAGGGCACGGUGAACUCGUCCCUCCAGAGGACCACCGUGCUCCCGCGAGGAACAGCUGCUGGGGCUGUUUAUUUGGGGCUCCGUAGAGGAAUUAGAUGCCUCCCUGCCUUCUGAAAGGGACUUCUUUGUAAUGCUUAAAUGCCUCUAGGAGGAAAGGGAUAGCAGCAUCCGCCUGCCGUGUCUGUCUGACACUAAUAGCUGUUACGGUAGGCAGAGGGGCACAGCUCCUCCCGCCUAGUGGAAGCCUGGGGGUCUCCAGAGAUGGGUGGUGCUGUUGCUGCUAGUUGGGGUUCCAGCCUACUGGGGAGAGGGGAGCUGAGGUUCCAUCCCCCAGGCUGAAAAAGGGAAGAUUUUAGAGUGGUUUCCAGGGAAGAGGGGCUGCCUGCUCCCACCUCUUGCAAUGGGGCAGGGUGUCAAAGGGAAAUCGGGUGGAAACCAGGUCCCUCCCUCCCUCCCCUUGCAGCCUCAGGAGAACAGAGCCUUGGAGGGAGGGGCUGCCGCCCCUUUAUUAGCGACAGGGAAAGCCAAGGGCCAGUCUUGUAAUCCCUUCACCCAAUAAAAAGGAUGCUCGUCA